AUGAAUGGUGAUAUUAAAAGUGAGGCUGAAAAUGAACCCGAAAGUGAUGUCAAAAGUAUUGCAGAAAACGACAAAGAUGUCAUGUCAAAUGGAAAACCUUUAAUUGAAAAUAUAGAUCGGUUGAAAGAACAUUUGAAAGUUUUAUCUAUUAAUAGCUUUGACCACUCACAAUUCAAUGAAAACUAUAUAAUUGGAUCGGGUGGAUCCGCAACCGUUAUCAGUGCCUCCCUCGGAGAGCAAAAAUACGCAUUGAAAAGAAUGAAUAAUAAUAUUUGUCUUAACGAUAUAACAUUUAAUAAAUUAGUUCGUGAGAAUAUUUUAACUGAACUUAGGAGGCUAUCUACAGAUGAAUCUACAAAGUACAUAACAAAUAAUAUUAUUGACUUUACAUCAGACAAUCACAAUAAAACUUCUCAGCAAGCCAUUUCUUCCGAACAAACAAAAACCACCAAACCACAAGACAAUGAUGUAUUCGAUAGCCAAGGUCUAAAUGGUCUAAAUGAUCACGAAAAAACUACUCUGCAAGCCAUUUCCUCCGAACAAACAAAAACUAUCAAACCGCAUGAUAAUGAUGUAUUCGAUAUUCAAGGUUUAAAUGAUCACGUUAAAACUUCUGUGCAAGUCAUUUCUUCCGAACAAACAAAAACUAUCAAACCACAAGACAAUGAUGUAUUCGAUAGUCAAAGUCUAAAUGAUCACGAUAAGCAAGCCAUUUCUUCUGAACAAACAAAAACUAUUAAACCGCAAGACAAUGAUGUACUCGAUAUUCAAGGUUUAAAUGAUCACGAUAAAACUUCUCUGCAAGCCAUUUCCUCCGAACAAACAAAAACUAUCAAACCGCAUGACAAUGGUGUAUUCGAUAGUCAAGGUCCAAAUGAUCCCGAUAAAACUUCUUUGCAAGCAAUUUCUUCCGAACAAACAAAAACUAUCAAACCGCAAGAAAAUUAUGUAUUCGAUAGUCAAGGUCUAAAUUAUAAUCAGCUGCUUGAUCUACGUCUAAGUGACAGUGAUAACAAAAAGAUAAUAAAUGAGAUUAAAAGCAAUUCAAUAAAAAUCUUUAAUUAUUCUGAAUUUAGUAAUCGUGAAAUGAUUGGAGCUGGAUCAUCUGCAAAAGUGUUUUCGGCAGUUUUUCAAGGAAAAAUGCGUGCAUUAAAGUAUUUGAACAAAAUUUGCUUAGAUAACUAUAAAGGUAUCAAAGCAAUGAUCCGUGAGUUUAAGAUUCUUCGUAAAACUAAUCAUUCAAAUAUCAUCGAAUUCUAUGGGAUUUUUAGAGAUCCCAAAACAUGUGAAUUUGUGAUGGUGUUGCAAUUGGCAGAAAAUGGAAACCUACGUACAUAUUUAAAAGGAAAACAAUUAGAUGGAAUUUUCAAAAUCUCAUAUUAUGAUGCUGGUGACCGAGAAAAAAUUAUUCCUAAUACACCGAAAAAUUAUACAGACCUUUUCACAAAAUGCUGGUCUUUUAAACCAGAUCAACGUCCAGUUAUAAGCAAAGUUUUAGAAGCUUUAGAUUUUAUUGAAAUUUCAAAAUCAACUAUCGGAUCUGAUUUGAUUUCAAAUUAUAUUGGAGAUUCUCGACACAACAAAGUUAGUGUAGAGAAUAAGGAUUCAUACUUGAGUUCUUAUCAAUCAAGUGAAACAUUGAUCACAAGUUAUAAUGGUACCGUUUAUCCGCCAAAAGGGCAUUUAUUCGAUGACUUAUGGAGAAUUUUUUUCGAUUCAACGAGCCGUGGAAUUGAAUUUUCACAAAUUUCAAAAAUGUUAGCAGACUAUAUCGUUAAAUGUAAUCAAACAGAAAAAACCGUAUUUACUGAUCUUAAUCAACGCCAGACUCUCGAUUCAAAUUUGCAAUGUCUUUUUGGAUUUAGUUAUUUUAUGGGAAUUGGUACUGAACCAUAUAAUAACUCUGCAUUCAAUAUGUUUGAAAAAUAUGGCUAUGGAACCGCAAAAGAUCCAAAACAAGCUUUAACAUGGUAUCAAAAAUCCAAGAAAGAAUGUUCAAGAUCC